GCCCCAUGGCAGGUAGCAGCGGCCUGGGCGGCGGGGCCAGGGGCCGCCAAGGUGCGGGGGCCGGGCCGGAGGCCGCGCUGCGGGCGUCCCGUGCGCCGCUUCUGCUCGUCGCGCUGGUGCUCGGCGCCUACUGCCUCUGCGUCCUCCCCGGCCGCUGCCCGCCGGCCGCCCGCGCCCCUGCGCCGGCUCCCGCGCCCGCCGAGCCUCCUCGCGCCGCCCGCAGCCCGGGGGCGCCGGGCCUGCCGGUGGCCAGUGGCCCGGGCCGCCGGCGCUUCCCGCAGGCGCUCAUCGUGGGCGUGAAGAAGGGCGGCACGCGCGCCCUGCUGGAGUUCCUGCGGCUUCACCCCGACGUCCGCGCGCUCGGCUCCGAGCCCCACUUCUUCGACAGGUGCUACGAGCGCGGUCUCGCCUGGUACCGGAACCUGAUGCCGCGCACCCUGGACGGGCAGAUUACCAUGGAGAAGACCCCCAGCUACUUCGUGACCCAGGAGGCCCCUCGCCGCAUCCACGGCAUGUCCCCGGACACGAAGCUGAUCGUGGUGGUGCGGAACCCUGUGACUCGGGCCAUCUCUGACUACGCCCAGAUGCUUUCCAAGACCCCGGGCCUACCCAGCUUCCGUGCCCUGGCCUUUCGCCAGGGCCUGGGCCCGGUGGACACGGCCUGGAGUGCUGUGCGCAUUGGCCUCUAUGCCCAGCACCUGGACAACUGGCUGCGCUACUUCCCCCUGUCCCGCUUCCUGUUUGUCAGCGGGGAGCGCCUGGUCAGCGACCCGGCUGGAGAGGUGGGCCGCGUGCAGGACUUCCUGGGCCUCAAGCGGGUCGUCACAGACAAGCACUUCUACUUCAAUGCCACCAAGGGCUUCCCCUGCCUCAAGAAGGCCCAGGGGAGCCGCAGCCCCCGCUGCCUGGGCAGGUCCAAGGGCCGGCCCCACCCCCACGUGCCCGAGGCCGUGGUCCAGCGCCUGCGGGACUUCUACCGGCCCUUCAACCGCAAGUUCUACCAGAUGACCGGCCAGGACUUCGGCUGGGACUGACGGGGCCAGGCCAGGCCAGUCCACCUCCUGCCUGGGGAACGCUCGGUGACCUUAAUUUAUGCCUGCGGCCUGGCCAGAGCAGGCUGCGCACACGUGUUGGGUAGAGAGAAAUAUUUAAGAAGUAAAGUUUGGAUCUGUGUUCUUCCACAGGACCUUGAGCCUGGAGAGUGAGGGCUGGAGGUACCACUGCCCAGGGAAAUGAUAAUCAUACCAGCUAACUCUGCUGGGCACUGUCCAUGUGCCAGGAGUGGUCCAAAACCCGAUCCUCAUACAUCCCUCGAGGUGUGCAGUGAGCCUGGCCACAUGUCAAUAGAUGAGCAACUGAGGCUCAGAGAGGUUCAGGGCCUGUCCAGUGACACACAGCUUAGCCCUGGGAACUCUGAAGGCCAUCCUCAGGCUCUCUUCUCAGCCCUGGGAUGCCGAGCUGGGCUGUCCCCAUGUUCUGGAUGAGGAAACUGAGGCCCCAGGUUGCCCACCUCAGUGUUGAGGCAGGAUUAAAGCUGAGUCUGUCCAACUCUUCUGGCUGUACUCAUGACCUUAGCUAAUUCUCUGUCCUAGCGCCCAGUGGACUCUCCCUCCUGGAAACCUGGUGGAAUUGCGGGACAGUGAGUGUGAGGUGACUGGUAUGUGCAGGGGGUGGUGCCUCUAACAGCCUCCACGCAGCUGCCUGCACAGCCCUGCACCACCUACCCAGGCACUGCCCACCACAGGCCUCACCCAACAGGUAAUGCCCUGG